AACUCACAUGGAACUGUUGGCCGGGUACGGUCCCGCGUGCUGGCAUCUGAGACGGUAACGACCCAGACCCGGUUGGUCCACUCGGACCUGUCAGAGUCUCCUCACCAGCGGAAAAACUUCACACUUAACCGACUUUUUCCAAGUAGAUUUUCAGACUGGGAAGCUCGCGAGUGAAACUGUCUAGCAUAGCCUUGUUUACAUUAGCUGUAGUUGGACGCUGCUAAAGGACAAGCCCGUUAUCAAACUUAGAUUUAUUGGGAAUAUUAACGGUUAAAACUGGUGUGACUGGAAGCCUUGACGUGCCGAGAUGACAGAGGAACUUGAACAGAUUCUUUCCCAGCUGACACAGCCGGACAAUGCAGUUAUUCAGCAGGCCACAGCCGAGCUUAAACAGGCUUUCAAAGACCCUGCCAUUAUCCCAGCCCUGUGUGCUGUCAUGAGUGGCUCCCAAAAUCCACAGAUCCGUCAGUCAGCUGCAGUGAUGCUGAGACUGAGAGUGAAGAAGCACUGGAAGAAGAUUAUUCCCAAUGACAGAGAGAGCCUUAAGGCAGUGGUGUUGCAGGCCUUCAUGCAGGAAACAGAGCACACAGUUCAGCAUUCACUCUCCCAACUCUGUGCUGUGAUGGUUAAACAUGAGACACCAGACCAUUGGCCUGCACUGCUACAGCUGCUGAACGAGUCUACCAAAAGCAGCAAUCCUAAUGACAGACAGGUGGGCCUGCUGCUGCUGAAUAAGGUGGUGGAAUCAAACCCUGAAUCUUUCAAGCCUCACUACCGCCAGCUGCUGCAGCUGCUGGCAACUGUGCUGCAGGAUGUCAACAACCCCACUGCCUUGUACUACAGUAUCCUCACGCUCACAGCCAUAACUGCAUACAGCGGCACAGAGGAGAUGAACCAGAUGCGGUCUAUCAUCCCGAGUCUGAUUGUUGCUCUGAAACACCUCAUCAAGGCAAAUGAGGACCAAGCCAGUGAAGCCAUGGAGGUGUUUAAUGAGCUUAUGGAGAGUGAGGUUUCUAUCAUCGUUCCCCAUGUUGCUGACAUUGUCAGCUUCUGUUUGGAGGUGGGCAGUGACACCACACUGGAUGACUCUCUGCGAGUUAAAGCUCUCUCUUGCAUUGCCUUCCUCAUAAAAUUAAAGAGCAAGACGGUAAUGAAGCAGAAGCUGUUGAACCCCAUCCUGCAGUCCAUUUUCCCAGUGCUGAGUGCCGCACCUCCACCUGGUGAGGAAGACCCAGAGGAUGAGGAGAAUGAUGACGGAGGAGAGCCAGCCAAUGACAAUCCCAAACACUGUGCUGCUCAGAUCAUUGACACUAUGGCGCUUCAUAUGCCUCCAGAGAAGCUGUUCCAACAACUGAUGCCUCUCACUCAGGCCUGCCUCACCAGUGGAGACCCCUAUCAAAGGAAGGGGGGUCUCAUGUGCCUUGCUGUGUUGGCUGAAGGAUGUGCUGAUCACAUACGCACCAAUAUGCUGUCAUCAGUGCUACAGACUGUGUGCCAGAGUCUUUCUGACAAUAACCAGGUGGUGCGAAGUGCUGGGCUUUUCGCUCUUGGACAGUUCUCUGAACAUUUACAGCCUGAUAUCAGUAAGUACUGUUCAGAGCUGAUGCCUCUCCUGCUGGGAUACCUGUCAUCAUUAAACCAGGCCAAAGUCGGUCAUGUCACCAAGGCCUUUUAUGCCCUAGAGAACUUCAUGGAGAAUCUAGGCACAGACAUUGAGCCCUAUCUGCCCACCUUGAUGGAAACUAUGUUGUCUGCCCUCAACAAUGCAGACAACCUCAAGAUAAAAGAAUUGGCCGUUUCUGCAAUAGGUGCCAUAGCCAAUGCUGCAAAGGAGCUGCUGGUUCCCUACUUCCCCCCAGUUAUCGAAAGCUUGAAGGGUUUCCUGACCACCACCACAGAGGAAAUGAGGUCUCUGCAAACUCAGUCCCUGGAUACUCUGUCUGUGCUUGCCCGGACAAUCGGCAAAGAUGUCUUCAGUCCCCUCGCUGCAGAGUGUGUUCAGCUGGGCCUCAACCUCACCGACACUAUCGAUGACCCUGACCUUAGGCGCUGCACGUACAGUCUGUACUCCUCUGUAUCUACAGUCAGUCCUGAGUGCCUGACACCUCACCUGGUUGCCAUAACAACAGUCAUGAUGCUCGCCCUGAAGUCCAACGAAGGCAUCACAGCACACCUUGAGGAGGACAAGACAUUUGUUCUCCUGGACGACGACGACGAUGAUGACCACGAGGAAGAAAAAGAUGUUAGCGAUUUCCUGGAAGAUGACUCUGAGACUGACGUCCAUGAUGUUGCUGGGUUCAGUGUGGAAAACGCCUACAUAGAUGAGAAAGAGGAUGCCUGUGAUGCCCUGGGAGAAAUUGCCUUUAACACUGGCACUGCCUUCCAGCCCUUCCUGGAGUCGAGCUUCCAGCAGGUGUACGAGAUGAGAGAUUUUCCCCAUGACGACGUCCGCAGGGCAGCGUUUGGAGCCUUGGGCCAGUUUUGUCAAGCUCAGCACAAAGUGUGGAAGGAGAAUCCCACUGAGGCAAACCACCAGGCCCUACACAAGCUGCUGGAUGUGGUGCUGCCAUGUUUCCUGGCAGCGAUUAAGACAGAACUGGAGCGACAUGUUGUGAUGGGCAUCCUUGAAACAAUGAACGGUGUAGUGAAGUCCUGCCAGGGGGAGGUUUUCAAAAACCCAGAACGGCUCAAGGAAAUCAGCUACGCUAUCCGUGACGUGCUCAAGAAAAAGACAGCUUGUCAGGACAGUGGUGGUGACGAUGCAGAUGAUGAUGAACAACAGGCAGAGUAUGAUGCCAUGCUUCUGGAGUUUGCCGGUGAGGGAAUUCCCCUGGUGGCGUCCUCUGUGCCUGCAGACAGUUUCGCGCCCUUCCUCAACGACCUGCUGCCUCUUAUCAUGAGCAAAGCUAAAUCCUCAUGCACAGUAGCAGACCGGUCCUUCUCUGUGGGCACCAUUGGGGAAAUCCUCCAGGCCCUGGUGAGCGUAUCAGGAGGCCGGGGAUUGGCUGGCCGUCUGUCCAAUCGGCUGCUUCCUGUGCUGGUAGCUGGAGUGAGGGACAGCGACCCUGAGGUUCGCAACAACAGUGUGUUUGGACUCGGAAGUCUGGCCGAGGCAGCCGGACCCAUCAUUGUAUCAGACUAUCCCAUGAUGCUUUCUGUCUUUUCCAACUUGCUGGCCAAAGAGUCUGACCUCAGGGUGAUUGACAACCUGUGUGCCGCCCUUUGCAGGAUGAUCAUGAGCAACGUGGACGCUGUUCCACUGGAGCAGGUCGUGCCUGCACUAGUGGCUCAUCUUCCCCUUAAAGAAGACAUGGAGGAAAACAAGACGGUGUUCAAGUGUCUGGCGAUGGUCUACACACACACUCCGGCUCUGAUUGUAAAGCAAAUGAAGCCUAUAGUUGGGAGUUCCAGUCAUGUCCUGGGGAACAAGAACGUCGAUGAAGAGGCCCAGAACACUUUGGUCAUGUUGAUAAAAGAAUUCGCACAGCACCACUCGGCAGACUUCCACACAGCCGUGACAUCACUUCCUGGGGAGCAACAGGCCAAGCUGAGCGCUGCUAUUUCUGCCUCAUAGCCCACGACAUGUCCUGCUCACCGUCAUGUGAAAGGCAGCCAACACAAUGAAUUUUCAUACUAAACGUGGAAAAUGGAACGGUUAUUUGUGAAUUUCCCCAUAAUGAACUAAUACAUCAAACAUCAGCACUUCAACAACUCCUCAAUAGUUAUUAUUAACAUUCAGCAUUUUGCUUUGGAGUAUUAACCAUUAAUUUAUUUGCUUUGUUGCAUGCUAUGUUGAUGUUUUAUUAUUUUAAGAGUUAGUUCACCAUCCUGUGAUAUAUGAUUUUCCUAUUGUUUGUAUCUUCAUGUGUAAAGUGCUACUAAUAAUUCCCACUGCCCCCCUUUGUGCCUCACUUUGGACAGACAUCUGACUUUGCUAUCUGAGUGUGAAUUCAAUCUCUUGAUAAAUAUAACUAUUCAUUCCCGUCUCUUUGUUCAUGUCAUUGGAUGUUGGGAAAUUUCACUGUGCACUUAAUGUGCAACGUGCUUCAUUAUGUACAGACAAACACUUUGAAUCCUCAUAUUAGACUCUUGGAUGAAGA